UAAUGUUCAUAGUUAUUUAUUUAAAAUUAUUGGAAUUAAAUAAUCAGAACCUGUAACUAAAAGUAUCAAAUAAUGUGACGAGUAUUUUUAGCAGCUCGUAGCGGGUGUGUAAGUGGAAGUAUAUUUUUUAAUGUAAUUAUCUAAUUUGUUGUGAUAAGUUAAGCCUUUUUCAAUUUUUGGUUAAUAUUUAUGUAUAUUUACACUGUAAACUCUCAUAUGUGAUAAUUUUCAAAAUUUAUUUAACAUUUUAUAAUAUUCUUUAUAUAGGCUACUCUUUAUAUUUGAAAUGGCACAGUUUUACAAGAAACGAAAAUUAUCACUAACAGAAUCAUCUGAAAACAAGCGUUCUCAUUGUUUCACUGUGCAAAUUGCUAAAUCACCUGAAGAAAAAACCGAAGAAAAGUUUCUUUUAGAAUUGAAACCGUUUUCUACAUUUCCUCAUGUCACUUUUGAUAAAGUGAAACUUGGUUCGGCUAAAGUGUGUACUCUUUAUGUUUUUAAUCCACUGCAUGUGCAACAGGAUGUCUGCAUUGAAAAAUUUCCUUCAGAUAAAGGAUUCACCAUUGAUACCUUGCUAUUUACUAUUGGAACAGGUGAAGAAAAAGGACUUGAAAUUAAAUGGAAACCUGAGAAAUCAGCAUGUUACAGGGAAGUAAUAACAUUCAAGUCAUCAGCUGGCUGUAAAACUCGAGCAUAUCUUCAUGGAACAGCAUAUUCUCCUAAAAAGAAAACGAAAAACACUUCUGUAAAAAGUAAAAUUCAAAAAAGCAUACUAUUAAAGUCCAGUCAAUCUUCAAAAUGUGAAUCAAACUUUCAAAAUUUGGUUACAGAAGCUAGCAAAGAAAAUAUCAAUUUUUUAAACUGGGGAUCUGAGAAUCUUGGACCUGAUCAGUCAUCGAUAUUUAAAUUUGUUUCUACACCAAAAACAAGAGAGAAGUUUUUGUUGAAAGAUAAUGAUGAAUUACCGUCAUCACCCAUCCGAAGACAGACUUAUACAAUAAAUCAAAUGCUGUCAACUGGUGGCCGAGAAUCAGCAAUAAUACCUGUUCCUGUACAUGACUCUGGGACUCGCAAAUCAAUGACUGGAAAUGUUUUGCAAGAGAGAACUGUUUCUCAGAAUGCAAAACCUAAAAAUAUAUUAUGUCAUAAAGUAUCAAAUGUAGCUGCUCAAAAUAUGUCAGGUAGUUGGCAGUGUGAUUUUAUAACUAAAAAAUAUGAAACUUCAAUUAAUAAUCUUCAAUCAAUAAAGAAUUCAUUUUCAGAAAAUGUGAAGGAAAAGCAUGUUGAUUUAACAGAAACAAAAUGUAAUCUUAAGCAAAGUUCUGUGAAUAAAUCUGCCAAAAAUUCUUCAGAAUGUUCAACAACACCAAAUAUUAAAAAUGUGCCAAAGAAAGUAUAUUUUUUAAACGUUUCACCACAAUUAAACAAUAGCAUCAAGAUGAAUAUUGCACCAAAUUCUGCAAUUCUUGUUAGAAAUGCACCGAAAUUUCCAUUUAAAAGUGCUUAUGAGAAAGAAAAUAAGCGAGAGACAUUUAUUAAAAAUGACAGAGUGUUGAAAGAACAUAAUGAUAGAGUUUCUCAGAAAGAAAUUCAAGCAUGUAAUUCGGAGUCUUUAAAUGAUAAUGAUGAUAAAAAAAGUGAAAAUUUUUUAAAGUCUAGAAAUAUUGUUCAGAUGAUCAAUCAAGAGACAAAUAAAAUAGAAAUUGAGAAAUUUGCAACAAAUCCUGAAAGAACAAAUUUUCAAAGUAAAUCUGAAUUUGUAAAUGAAUCUUUUAUAUCUAUAUUUGAAAGUACAUUGUCCGAUUCAAAAAAUGUACCAGUUUUACUUCCUUCAGAAAUGCCAUCUUCAUUUUCUGCUUUUGAUAGCACAGUGCAAAAUUCAGGAACUUGUUAUACCUUUGAUGCUACUGGGACAGAAUCAGUGCCUGAAAUAUCUUAUAAUGCUAGCCAUUUUAAGGAUGACCUGAAACGUACCAUUAUUUCUCAAAAAAAAAACUUCAAAUCACAGUUUAAAUCUAAACCAACUAAUUCACAAGCAUUGAAAAGAGAAAACUCUAAAGUUUCCUUCAAGAAUAAAAGUCUGCCUCAUUUAAAACUUCUAGCAAAGCAUUCAACAUUUGCCCCGAAGCGUCUGAAUUUAACUAAGCCUGUUGUGAAAAAGACAAUUGCACGAAAUCCUUUUGCUACACUAAAUACAUAUUAUGACGAACACUGGAUGGAAAAGCAGGAAACAGCAUUUACAGUAUGGUUGAAUUAUAUUCUGACUCCUUCUGAUGGCACUGAAUCAUCACCUGAUAUUAAAAUUGAUUCUGCUAAAAUUUGGAUUGAAAGUCUGAAGAAUAUGUGUUCUGUUCCUGCUCCAUCUAAAGAAGAACUUUCCUUAAAAACAUAUACAGCAAUUAAGCAGCUUAAUAAGUUACGAAAGUCUUCUUGUAAUUUAUUUCAGUCUGAAGACAUUGCUAAAGUGGUCAAGAAAAUUGAAAUGGAAGUUGAUUUAAAAAAAAUCAGUGUGCGAAAAGAUCGUGCAAUUCAUGCUGACCUUGGCAUUAAAAAGACUAUAUUAGAGAUGCUGCUGUCUUAUAAUCCAUUGUGGCUACGUAUUGGACUUGAAACAAUAUAUGGGGAGAUAAUAACUCUUCAAAGUAAUUGUGAUGUCAUUGGUUUAUCACGUUUUAUAAUACACAGAUUCCUCAGUAAUCCUGAAAUAGUUGAGAAAUAUAGUCAUCCAUCAGUUAUAAAUUAUUACAGAGAAGGAUAUGAAGAUGAGCUGAAGCGUUUUGUACUUAAAAAAUUCCUUAUCCUUGUAUUUUUCCUGGAUGCUGCUAAAAGUUCUCAUCUGAUUGAGCAUAAUCCAUGCCUUUUCUGUAAAAAUUCAUUGUACAAAAGUAGCCGGGAUUUUUUGCUCACCUUUUCUAGAGAAUACUUAAGUGGUGAAGGGGAUAUCACAAAACAUCUAAGAUAUUUGGGUUAUACAGUUUCACAUCAACAAACAACAUUGGAUGAGUUUGACUAUGCAGUGAGAAACAUUGCUAAAGAUUUGCGCUGUGGAUUGCGUUUAGGUCGUGUGAUUGAAAUUCUUUUGCAAGACUGGUCACUUUCUCAGUCUCUGAGGGCAAAUACCCUCAAUCGCACUACAAAAAUCCAUAACAAUGAGGUGGUAUUAAAGGCUCUUCAGAAUUCUUCUAUUGAAAUUGAAGGCAAUAUAGAAGCUCGUGAUAUUGUUGAUGGUAACCGAGAGAAGACUUUGAGCUUGCUGUGGCAAAUUAUUUUUAAAACUCAGAUAUCAAAACACAUUAAUAAAGAAGUGCUGAGAAGAGAAAAUGACUAUCUUAUGAAUAACCUUAAGCUUAAGGUUGAAUGUGCUGCAUUUAAUGCUUUAAGAAACCAUACCUUAUCUGAAGUAUAUGAUGCUGAUUUUAUCGAUUCUAAAUUGUAUAAAGAAAACGAAGUUCUGCAGUUGUUACUUCAGUGGUGUCAGAAUGUCUGUGCUCAUUAUGAUUACAAAGUUUGUAAUUUCACAUCAUCUUUCUCAGAUGGCCAAGCUUUGUGUUUCCUUCUUCAUCAUUAUCACCCAAAUAUCCUGCCAUUUGAUUCUAUCAAAAGAAAGACAGUCAGCAGCUAUUAUGAGACACAAAUUGAAAACAGUGAUUCUGAAGGGAAUAAUCCACUUCAGUCAGAUGAUAAACACUCCAAUUCAUUGUUACUGGAAGAAUGCCUUAAAAAUGAGAAGCAAAAUUUAGAACUGGUUUUUGAAAAGUUUGUGGAAAUUGGUCAAAUACCUAUUUUGUCUUGCCCAUCUGAUAUUUCUAACACUUUGCCUGAUGAAAAAGUUAUUAUUACUUUAGUAUCUUAUGUUAAUAUCCGCCUCAUGGAAUUGAGUACUGAAAUAAGAGCUGCUAGAAGAAUUUUGUUUGCUUGGCGCAAAUAUCGAUUGAGGAAGCAACUUAAACAUUUUAAGACUGAAAUAGUAGCUGUUAUUAGAAUUCAAAGGGCCUGGAGAUCAUACAGUGAUAAAAUGAGACUGAAAAAAUUACAACAUGCAGCUGUGGUUGUUCAAAGUGUAUGGAGAAUGCAUUCUGCUAGGAAAAUGCUUGCAGCUUUGAAGUAUGAAAAAUAUAUGAAGCACUUGAACCAAAAUGCAACUGUUAUUCAAGCUCUGUUCAGAGGUUAUUCUGCUAGAAAAUUAUUUAUAAAAUGCCUCGAAGCUUCUAUUGUUAUACAGAAACAUGUUCGAUCAUGGCUUGCUAGAUCUCGUUUUAUUAAAUUGAAAAGAACCGUUCUGAAAAUUCAGUCCAGAUUUCGUGCAAAGUGUUUAGGAAGAGCUCAAAGAUCGAGGUAUCUCAUGAUAAAAAAUGCAGUAAUUAAAUUACAAGCCCAUGCUAGAGGAAUGUUAACAAGGAAAUAUUUUGAUGAAAAAGUGGCUGCAAUUAUUGUAAUACAGUCGUUUGUAAGAAUGUGGUUAGUUAAAAAAACAUAUAAUAAACAAAAAAAUGCAUGUAUUUAUCUUCAGCAGAAAUUCCGUGCUUUAUUACUUGCGAAGCACCAUAAAGAAAAGUAUCUAAAAUUAAGAAAAUCUGCAGUAGUUAUUCAGCAAUGGUAUCGUCAGAUCAAAAUGAAAGAAUCUGAAAUAAAAGCUGCUAUUAAAAUACAAGCUUCUUUCAGACAACUUAUUCAACGUAAAAAAUUUAUGCAUAUUCGCUAUAGUUGUAUUACUAUUCAACAGUGGUGGAGAGUAACAAUGUUUGCUAAAAAGGCAAGAUCAUCUUUUUUGGCACUUCGUCAGCAUGUCGUAACACUGCAGACAUGGACUAGACGUUUUAUUACUUACAAUAAAUUUAAGAAACUGAAAUAUUCUGCUAUAGUUAUCCAAAAGUAUUUUCGUAUGUAUUCUGCUAAGAAAGAAUUUAAAAUAUGUAAAAUAAAUGCCAUUGCUAUUCAGAAGUGGUGGAGAAAUGUCUUAUUAGGUCAUAGUAUCAGGACAAAAUACAUCAUGUAUAAAAAUGCCUCACUUAAGAUUCAGGCUGUAUUUAGAAUGUAUUUGACAAAGAAAAGAUUUACCAACAUUAAAAAGACUGUAUGUUUUAUUGAACACUGUAUUCUGGGUAAAAAAGAAAGAGAAAAUUAUCUGAAAAUGAAGAAAAGUGUUAUUAAAUUACAAUCACUCUUUCGAGCUUUUAAAUGUAGACUGGAAUUUAAAAGGAAAAGGAUGGCAGCAGUAAAAAUUCAGACUGCUUUUAGAGGCUAUUCAAAAAAGAAGGAGUUUCAAAGCAUCAGAUCUUCAGCUGUUGUUAUACAGCAAUACUAUCGUUCUUAUAAACAAAUGUGUGAGAAGCGUCAAAAGUUUUUGAAGAUAAAAAUGGGCAUAAUUUGUUUUCAGUCACUUUACCGAGGUUAUAAAUUCAGAUUAGAAUGGAACAGGAAAAAAAUAGCAAUAAUAAUAAUUCAGGCUGCUUUUAGAGCAUAUUCAAAAAGGAAUGAGUUCCAGAAAAUCAAAUCCUCUGCUGUCAUUAUUCAAAAAUAUUAUCGUUCAUAUAGAAAGAUGUGUCAUGAGCAGCAAAAAUUUUUGACAAUAAAAAGGGGCUUUAUUAAGUUGCAAGCAGUUUACCGAGGCCGUAAAUGCAAAUUGGAAUGGAACAGAAAAAUUAUGGCAGCAGUAACAAUUCAAGCUGCUUUUAGGGCUUAUUCAAAAAAAAGAAAGUACCAUAAAAUCAAAACUUCAGCAAUAUGUAUACAGCAAUAUUACCGCUGUUAUAAAAAGAUGUGUGAUGAACAGAAGAAGUAUUUGAGGUUAAAAACAGGCAUAACAUGUUUGCAAGCAGUUUACCGAGGUCGUAAGUGUCGAUUAGAAUGGAACAGAAAAAAAAUGGGAGCAGUUGCAAUUCAAGCUGCCUUUAGAGCUUAUGUAGCAAAAAGAAACUUUCAGAGAAUGAAAUAUUCUGCUAUGCUUAUACAACAGUAUUAUCGUUCUUAUAAAAAGAUGUGUGAGGAACACCAGAAGUUUUUGACAUUAAAAACAGGUAUCAUCCAUUUACAAGCAGUUUUUCGAGGCCAUAAAUGCAGACUGGAAUUGAAGAGGAAGAAGAUGGCAGCAGUAAAAAUUCAGUCUACUUUUAAGGCUUAUUCAAAAAGGAAGGAGUUUCUGAAAGUCAGAUCUUCAGCCAUACUUAUACAACAGUACUAUCGUUGUUAUAAAAACAUGUGUGAUGAGCGGCAGAAUUAUCUGAGAUUAAAGAUAGGCAUAAUUCAUUUCCAAGCAGUUUACCGAGGUCGUAAGUGUCGAUUUGAAUGGAACAGGAAAAAAACAGCAGCCAUUACAAUUCAAGCUGCAUUCAGGGCAUAUAUGGAAAAGAGAAAUUUCCAGAAAAUGAAGCAUUCUGCUAUUCUUAUUCAGCAGUAUUUCCGUUGCUAUCAAAAGAUGCAGCUUGAACGUCAAAAAUAUUUAAAAAUGAAAGUUGGUUUUACUCGUCUGCAAGCUUUUUAUCAUGGUGUAAAGGUUAGACAAGAUAUUUCUAACUUGAAUAAAAAAGCCAUUGUUAUCCAGUCACAGUAUAGAAAAUGGAUAGCAAUGAAAAGCUAUCAAAAAUUAAGAGAAGCCUGCUGUGUUAUUCAAAUAAGAUAUCGUGCCUAUCAAAAGAUGAAAAAGCAACUACAAACAUAUCAAGAAAUGAAAAGAGCUGCUGUCAUUGUUCAAGCAUUUAUUCGUUGCAAAUUAUCUCGUAUCAAAUAUUUAAAAAUGAGGCAUGCAUCUAUAAAAGUUCAAGCGUUUGUUCGCAUGGUUAUAGCACAACAAAAAUAUAGUAAUGUUCGAAGAGCUGCACUUAUUGUUCAGAAACUGUAUCGAUCAAAAUGCUUAAUGAUUAUUCAAAGAAAUGCUUACAUAAAGGAAAGAAAUGCUGUGAUAUUUCUGCAGUCUAAAGUAAGAUCUGUAUUGGCUAGAACAAAAUUUUUAAAAAUCCAAAAAGCUUGCAUUUUGAUUCAGUCAACUUUUCGUAUGUGGAAACAGCAAAAAAAUUAUGUUAAAAUAUCCUGUGCAGUACGAGUCAUUCAAAAAAGAUUUCGAAGUUUUCAGAUUGCUCAAAAAGAAAGAAAGAAUUAUCUACAGGUCCGAGAAGCAUGUAUUAAGAUUCAGUCCUUUAUUCGAAUGGUUAUUCAACGGAAUUAUUUCAAAAGAUUUUAUGGUGUAGUAGUUUUUGUUCAGAAAAAAUAUAGAUCAUCAAGAGAGGCUAAGCAGAUCAGAGAAAAUUUUUUAUCUGUAAAAUAUUCUUGUAUUAAAAUUCAGUCAUUUGUACGAAUGUACCUCGAAAAGAGGAAGUUUUAUAAGAUUCGCCAAGCAUGCAUUGUCAUUCAAUCUUCAUAUCGAAAACACCUUGCUAAAAAACAAUAUCUUCGAAUAAAGCAAGCAACUUUGACUGUACAAAAACAUUUUGUGGCUUGGAAAGCUUCUAAAACUGAGCGUAAUCGAUACUUAAAAAUGAGACAUUCAGCUGUUAUAAUUCAAUCUGCUUUCCGUAGUUUCAUUGCUAGGAAGAAUUUUAAAAAACAAUUAAGAGCUUGUGUAGUGAUACAGGCACAUAUAAGGAAGUACCUGUGUUCUAAAAGUUAUAUUAAACAAAAGAAUGCCAUUCUUGUUCUUCAGAAGCAUUUUAGAGCUUUAAUAGUGGCCAAACAAGUAAGAAGAAGUUAUUUACACACUAAAAAAGUUAUUAUUGUUCUACAGGCUGCUGUUAGGGGUUGGUUAAUUCGUAAACAAAUGAAGGUUCUUCAUCAGUCAGCAAUGAAGAUACAGGCUAUGUACAAGUGUUUCUUACUUCAAAAGAGGUAUAAUCUGAAAAGAAAAUCUGCAAUAUGCAUUCAGAGACAUUUUAGGUCAUUGCUUCUAGGGAAAAAGAUACGAUCAGAUUACUUGCAAUUACGAUCUUCAGCAACUGUAAUUCAGUCUUGUUGGCGAGGAAAACAAGCAAGAGUUCAUUAUCUAAAGCAAAGACAAGCUGUUAUACUACUUCAGUCACAUACUCGUAAAAUGUUAUCAAGACGAAAAUCUAUCAAAUUAAAACACAGUGCUAUUCUUAUUCAGCGUUUCUAUCGGGCUUAUAAAACUGGCUCAAAAGAAUGUAGUUUAUAUCAGAAAAAGAAGGAAAGUUGUCUAAAAAUUCAAGCAUACUGGCGAAGCUAUAAAUUGCACAAAAAGUUCCAGAUGAAAAAGGAAGCAGCAAUAAUCAUUCAACGAAACUUUAGAUGGUGGAGGGAAAAAAGAAUGAUCCAAAAUUCCGUAGCAGCUGCUAGUAAUACGGACUUUUGGGUAGCAUAUCAACAGCGUAUGUGGUUCCUGAACCUGAAGACAAAUCUAAUUAAAUUCCAGCAGGCAGCUCGCUCUUACCUUUCAAGAAAACAAAUAUCUGCUAUAUUAAUACAGUCAUAUGUGAAGAUGUGGCUUGCCAGAAAGAAGUACAUGAGGGAAAUAUCAGCCAUUAAAAUUCAGGCUUUGUGGAGAGGAUAUGGUGUACGACAAGCAGCCACUGACAAGAGAAUAUUGCUGUUAAGAGAAAGAAUUAAAAGUGCAGAUUCUGACCAACGUAAUUCAUUAAGGAAUCGUACUACUAGAGCAUUAGAUAUAUUAUUAGGAAGCUCUAUAAAGAAUAUCUAUCCACUCAGGAUUUG